CCGCCCCCGCCCCCGCCCCUGUCUCAAUUCAAGGUCUGCGCGGGCGGCUACCUCUGAUCAAUAAUUCGUCAUUUUUUUCCUCCUCGUUAAAAUGCAUUUUCAGUCUCGAACCUAUCGAAGCUCCUAUCUCUGUUCGCCCCUACAUCAGCUAAUUUACUCAAGGUACCUUUCGCUUUGCUGCAGUUAGCCAUUGUAACGACAUGGCAGCCGAGGCUCUUGCGCUUGGUGCGAGCAUCGCGGCCUUCAUUCAGCUAGCUGAUCGCAUCACAUCCCUUGCCAGGAAUGUCGUCGAUUCCACAGCUGAUAUGCCCACGACCCUGAGAAUGGCACACGCUGAGACCUCCGCUCUGAAGGACGUUUUGGGUGAGCUGAAAAGAACUCAUGCGACCUCUGGCGUCGAGGCCAACACUGCUCUUAUGGAGGCCACCAAGAAGCCACUCGAGAACUGCCAUUCAUCCAUGGAGAAGCUUGAGGCAGAACUGGCAAAACUAUCCAUAUCGCCCUCUGCCGUUCGACGAGCACCCGGAAAGAGACAAAAAGUCACACAGGCUGUGAAAUGGGCGGCCGGCGGCGAGGAUAGGGUGAAGAAGCUUGUCUCAAACUUGGUUACCGAGAAAGCUACCCUGUCCCUCGUAUUGCUAUCUGAUAUCUCUGAAGAUGUGAAGGCUGUGAAGUCGACGACCGCCAAGGUGUAUAAAAAUCUUACCGACAAGCAGAUACUCAACGUAGUAAAGUGGCUUGAGCACACUAAUCCCUGCGACAUCCACAACCGUUCCGGUAUCCUGUACGAAGAGCGGACUGGCGAGUGGAUGCUGAGGAGCAAGGAAUGGAAUUCCUUUGUCCGCGGCGGUAACAGAUCCUUGUGGAUCCACGGUAUUCCCGGUGCUGGGAAAACUAUCUUGAUCUCGCAUCUCGUCAACAAGCUACGUCUACUACACAAUCGACGGACCGGGUGGGCUUACUACUACUGCUACUUCGGCCGGACCCAGGAUGAAACGGAGCCAUUUUUAAGGUGGAUCAUUUCGCAGCUCUGUCAGCAGGCUUCACACGUUCCGUCUCAGCUUCAGGGACUCUACGAAAGACGCCACCGUCCCGACAUCAACACGUCUCUCGCUGUUUUAGCCCAAAUUACCCAGGAAUUCGAUGUAGUAUAUGUUGUUAUCGACGCAGUUGACGAAAGCAAACCGUAUACUCGCCUUUUGGAAAUCCUCACAUCCCUCAUAACCCAGCCUCGCUUUGCAAAGCUUCGACUCCUAAUAUCAAGUCGCCAAUAUCUGGACAUUGAGAAUGCCUUGCAACCGCACUCAGUAUCGGUAUCCAUGUCAAACGAAGCCGUGCAGGAAGACAUCCGGAUCUUUGUUAGUGCAACGCUGCGAUCGAACCCCAAAUUUCAGUCAUGGCCAGUCUCGCUUUACACGGAGACUGAGGCCGCCUUAGCCAAAGAAGCAAAGGGAAUGUUUCGUUGGGCGGUAUGUCAAAUCGACAUUCUCGGCAGGAUGAAGUCUCAGUCGGCUGUCAGAAAGGCGCUUGCAGAACUCCCCGAAACCCUGGAUGCAACAUAUGAGAGGAUCCUACAUGCCAUCCCAACCGAGCACCGCGAGUUUACUCGAGCAGCCCUAAGCAUUCUAGCGGCUCAGAGCGAUUUCGGCGACUCAUGUUCGCACAUGACACCACGUGUUCUCCUGAGCAUGAUACUCCGCACCAUCCGCUUAGAUAUGUCGACGGAUCAUUUUUAUGACAUAUCUGACAUUCGGGAGAUCUGCGGUUGCCUCGUCACCUUCGUGACGCAGAAUAAAUCUGGUUCGAACUUGAACACUAUCGGCCCAGAACCACUACAUAGUGGUGUGGUUUUUCUCGCGCACUACACGGUCAAGGAAUUCCUGUAUGCUGAACGCACAGCCCGCAGUCUCAAUAGUACCGUCUCACGGUUUGCUCUCGAUGAGGAGACCACAGCAAUGUGUUGGGCGAAGGAUAUCGUGGACAUUGCGAGCUCAACCAAGGCAUCGGGCGACCCCAUUAGUAUGGAUUUACUCGAGGACUACUGUCAAGGACUCGCGCCCAAACUUCUGGGAAAAUGGGAUAACCGUCUGGCUGCCAGCGGCUUGUCAAACCGUUGCUUUACCUUUCUCAAUCCUGGCGGUGCUCAUCAUUUGCUUCGGAUGAAGAGAAUGUUGAUACUGGAGUGGUCUUCUACGCCAGCGAAUCAUCUGAUAGGAGCCCUCGCAGAAUGCCUGUACCGGGGACUUUGGGCUCUCGCACGCGAAGCAACACAGAUGUUGGAUGCCAAGCAGAUCCUCGGAGCGGCCUUAUUGCUAAUUGCGGAUACUGGUUCCCGGCCACCAGAUCGAUUCCAGAGUCGGAGAUCAGAAGUACUACUGGAAACGUCUCUGGUCUUAUCCCUCUUCAUCCGCAAACUACAACCCAAGCCCCGUCUUGAACAGCUGAAAAUAUUGGCUAAAUCAGUUGGCUGGGACGCAUUACUUUUCGCUGCCACCGCACAACACCGCUAUGACAAGGAAACCGAGAAGGGCAAAACAUGCGCUAUAGCAUUGCUGGUCGAGCUGGGGGCAAAUGUAAACUCUGCAUCCUGCCGGAUGACCCCGUUGCAACUUGCCGCUCUCCUCUGGGACUACGAUGGCGUCAAGGUCCUGCUUGAAAAGAGGGCAGACGCCAAUAUGACUGGAUCUGCGCAAGGAUAUCAGCUCGCCGGAUGCGAUCUUGACGACGACUUGGAAUACGAUAGCCCGCUUAGGAUUUUGAGGAAUGCGGCGUUCGCUCCCCCUAGGUCGUCGAUCCGUGUAAGACGGGCUGGGCAGGGCCGUGCGGCGAAGUUGAAGGUGGAGAAGUUGCUGCUGGAAUCAGGAGCCAGGGAUUUUACUACCAAGCUUUGAUAAACUUACGCUACUGGGAGAGAAAUCUAUCGAGAUAUUAACUUGAGCUACUAUAAAUACUCUAUUACCUAGGUGCUUAAAUAUGAAAGCCCACAGAAAAUAGC